AUGGACCAUGAUGCCAGCAUUGAGCAUAUUGCCACUGGUCUGACUUUGUGUUUAGUAGAAACAAAUCUCGACUGCGAUUGGAUAGGUCAUUUGUGCGGCGCAAGAAACGUCCUUCCUACUGUCGAACAGAAAGCAUACCACAUCGGCAGCGAUGCAGCCGUCCUGCUAGAGUGGCUGUACUACUUCGUCACCUUUACGCGCUUUGGCUUCCGGCAUUGGCGCACCUAUAUGAUUCGAGCAACUUCGCAAGAGCUUGGCAUCAAUGGUGCUAGCCCCCAUUGUGUCAUGCAAUAUCGUAUUGCUCGAACAUUGGUUGCAAAAAAUAUGGCAGCUAUCUCAACAUACGUUCAUCCAGUAGUUCAACUUCUCGCCGAUGUCUUAGACACACAGCUUUACGCCUCCGACCCGCAAUAUCAUUCGGUGGAAUAUCAACAGUCUCUGGAUGAUCUCAAGACUCGACUGAGCGAGGUUGAUCACGUUAUUUACAAGGACGGAGAAGACGAUGACCAGUCUCGUUGUCUAGAGUUAACCCGACUAGCUGGCCUGAUCUACCUCGAGCGUGUAUCUCGAAACUUCUCAGGCGAAUCUGCAAGGCUAGACAGCUGGAAAAAAGAUGCGAUCUCCAUACUGGCCGGCCUGAACACAUAUCCGCCAUCAUUCGCUGUGUUCAUCGUCGGCUGCGAGACUCAUACAGACGAAGAGCGGAUGGUCAUGCUUGACUUCUUUACGAGACUGGAACAAAGCCCUCACUUGAAUAGCUUACUGGAAGCGAAAGGCUUGGUACAAACUGCUUGGAUUCAACAUGACCUCGGGGCAGAGAUCGGGCUUGAAUAUAUUCACAAGCUCAACUUAGUAUUGAGCUCGCGUAAUGUUAUACCGAGCUUCAUGUAG